UAGCUGUAAUCAGCCGCUGUGAUCAGACGUCUUAUCUGUGCGGGUUGGCUCUGCGCCGGGGUUUAUUUGCCAGCAGCACCAAGACACAUUUGAGCUUGAAAUGACUGUGCCUUUUAAAAUUCACGUUUAUCAUCCGGAUAAUAUCAAAUUCAUAAAAAUAAUUUUCAUCAAUAAUUAAUUACUUAUAUAAAUUUUGAUAAAUUUAAGUUAUCUACAAUAUUAAAUUCGCAAAGAUGCCGAGAAAGAUUGAAUUCAACGUCAUAUAUGCUUCAAGUGAAGAUGAAAGACAUUCCUGUCUUGAGUUAAACGUCCAUGGACCAACAGUGAGAGGAUGGCAGAGUGCUCGAAAAUGCGGGUAUCCCCAGGAAUUAAUUCUUCGCUUACAUGCACCGGCUAAAAUAACAAGGAUCCAAGUUUUAGCACACCAAUAUCUGAUACCGGAAAAAUUAGAAAUAUGGACGACCAAGGAAGAAAACGCCUCUGUCAAUACGUCCUUCAACUAUUUAGGCUACAUAACGUUGUCAGACAAUGAAUCUACACUUUACAAAAGCCGUGAGCUGAAGAGCGUUGCACUUCCGGAAACGAAAGCCCUGUCAUUGAAGUUAAGGCUACACAAGCCUCACCAAAACACUCACAAUGUUCACGAGCAGGUUGGACUUAUUGCUAUAAAUAUUAUUGGUGAGCCUUGUACACAGGACAUAAAUAACCAAGAUGCUCCUUACAAUCCUCAUUACACGUCACCUUAUGAUGAUUUAGCUUUUGAAAUGUAUGUCGAUCGUGAAGUCGCUAAAAUAAUUCGGCAAAUGGAAAAUAAAAAAUUACAAGCUGCUGAAGAAGAAAGAUUUGAAUAUGCGUCAAAAUUAAAAGUUUCUAUGGAAAUACUGAGAAAAGCCGGAGAAAGACUUGGCAAGUAUGAGCUGGAAAAAAAGUACGCUAUUGCGCUGGAAGAUUACGAUAAAGCGAAAGCAAAAAAAGCUCAAGCGCAACACUAUAGGCAGGAGGUUUAUGAAAGCUUAGAAGUUAAUGAUUUACUCGAAGUCGAUGGGCCGUUAGAAAAAAAUAAUGUAUCAACGAUUGACGGCAAAGAGCCGGCUUCAAGUGACGCUGGGGCGUCUAGCAAUACAGUUGUGCCAGAAGAUAUUUUGUCGCCACCUCGUUUGGUUGUUCCACCGAACCGUGAAGGAGCUCUUUCACCAACUGGUCCUCCGCAUCAGCCCCCAGUUUCUCCGCUGCAUCAAAAACCUCACAGUCCAGAAAUUACUGAUAGUCCACCGAAUGGUGUGUUAGAAAGACAAAUUAAUAGAAAUACUGGAUCAUUGAGACGAAAGACUAAAUCAGCGGGUCCUUCUUUGCGAUCUAGUUAUGAAGCUUAUGAAGAGCGAACUAUUCCAGCUCUUCGACAUUCUCAUACAAAUGAAUUCACCCGGGAAUGUCACUUGGAAAGUGAAGUAAAAGUAAAUUCAAAAUUAAAUGAUCGAGAGAAGAAACAAGCUGCUUUACCAAUAACUGUCUUUGGAAUGGAGGUGGUGGAAAAAUUUUACUCCAAACAAUUUAUGGACAAAGAAGAAGGACUUAUGAUGCUGAAAGAAGAGUUAAAAAAAUUCGACCCUGAAGUUUCAAAGCAUUCGGCGAAUAAGACUGCGAGAGCUGCUAUUUUACUGUUGCAUCGCGCUCUCAGAGACAAAGUGUUCAGUGUAUAUAGCCUAGCUGCACAAUUAAUAAGAAUUUUUUUCUCUGAGUUUGCCACCAAUAGAGUUUCUUCAACAGAGAUAGCUCGUAGUGUAGAUAGAUUGCUUCCUGAAUUGUUAACAAAGUCCGGCGACACAACACCGCGAAUUCAUAACAUGGCAGUACAUACAAUCUUGAGUAUGGCUGAUUGCCAGUGCGUCCGAGAGCUUCAUAUUAUUCCAGUCCAUUUAAGCCGCCCGAUACUGAGUAGUACACAUCAAAGAUUAGCAUUAAGUCGUUUAGAAAUGGUAGAGCAGUUAAUUCUCAAUCAUGGUAUUUCUACAGACAAGCAGAGACAUUGUAAUUGUUGCAGUGGGUUAACGUGUCGCACAUUAUCCGACCUUGGUUCUUCCGGAUUACUUCAUCCAGCAGAAGCUGUAAGAAAAGUUUCUGAAAGAAUUUUAGUCCUCGUUUAUAAAGUAAAUCCCAGGUUAGUUCGCAAACAACUUCCGCCUGAUGACGAUAUUACGAGAAGAAAUUUAUUGUAUCGUCAGUUGUACCACGAAUUUGAUCGGAUAGAUCUUCAGAGGAAAAAAGAAAUGGAAUCGACGCAAAAAUCAACAACUACUCCAACAUGUACCAAGUCCAUCGAUAAUAAUGUUACUAAUUCAACAAAAUCACCGUCUCGUGCAAGCCCAGUACAAAUUAGUACAGAAAGCUCAACAAGUGUCACGUCACCGUCGGAUAACAGCACCGAUCACAAAGGCGAUAAAUGUUGCAUAUUUUGUCUAUCAAAAGGCCAAGGAUAUUCUGAAGAAGGCCUAAAUAUACAUUACUGGCGCACUUGUCCAAUGCUGACACGAUGUGAAUUGUGUAAACAAGUGGUUGAAAUAUCGCAUCUAAAUUCUCACUUGUUGAGCGAAUGUGACCAAAGAAACGAUUACGUAAAGUGCGAUACUUGCAAACAAGCUAUUGUCGAAAAAUCUUUUUCGGAGCAUUCGAAAGAUGACUCGUGCACGAGACCAGUUGAGGGAUACGAGCGAUGUCCACUAUGUAGGAUUUUGGUGAAUAAAAAUAAAUGGAAAGAUCAUUUGAUGGGAGAGAACCCAUGUCCAAAUAACCCAAGGAAUAAAAGCAACAAAACAUGCACAAAAUCGCCGUCAAAGUCACAAAAUUUGAGUGGAAAAAUAACCUCGCCAACCGGGAGAGAUUACUAACAUUAAUUCGAUACAAUUCACUUUUGUGAAUUGUAUGAGUUUACCAGAGAACUUAAUUCUCGGUUGAUUUUUGAAACUUUUUUUUUUUUUUUUUUUUUUUUUUUUUCGUUUUCAUUUACAGUUUAUAUAUUUGUUACUCUUGGAAUAAUGUUUUUCAUAUUUAUAUACUUAUAUAUGUAUAUUAAUGUUUUUGAUAGUCAAGCCCGUCCUUUAGUGAUGAAAUUAGUCAAUAUCCGAAAUUAUUUAAAAAAGUGUAAAAGUAUAUACUUAUGUAAGAAAAAUGAUAAAAAAAUUUUAUGUCCAUUGGGAUGAAUCAUUGCACAUUUUAAAUAAACUUCAUUUUUAGAUACGCUUAAUAUUUCCAUUACUGCUUAGCAAUAAUGAAAAUUAAUAAUAGAAAAUAAAAUUGCCAAAUAAAAUUAAAAUAAUAUGAACAAUAAUAAAAAUACCUCGAUAUCCGGCCGAAGCAGUUUAGUUAUUUUUAUUUGCUUAAGAUUGCGAAUGACUGAAUGAUUAAUAAAAUCAGUUUUCACUAUUAUUGUUUUAAAUUAAUAAAUAGAAUAAACAUUUAA